GACAAGGGUAUUAAAGGACAGGAAAUAGUUCAACAGUUAAUAGAGAACAGUACAACAUUCAGAGACAAAACAGAAUUUGCUCAAGAUAAAUACAUAAAGAAGAAGAAAAAAAAGUAAAUAUGAGGCAGUUAUUACAAUUGUGAAACCAUCCACUCGUAUUCUUUCAACAAUGUAUUAUGCAAGAGAACCUGGAAAGAUUAACCACUUGCGAUAUGACACCCUAGCUCAGAUGUUGACUUUAGGAAACAUCCGUGCUGGCAACAAGAUGAUUGUAAUGGAAACAUGUGCAGGCCUUGUGCUGGGUGCGGUGAUGGAACGAAUGGGAGGCUAUGGAUCCAUUAUUCAGAUGUAUCCAGGAGGGGGACCCGUUAGAGCUGCUACCAGUUGUUUUGGAUUUCCAAAACUUUUUUUCAAUAAUCUUCAUGAAUUUCCUCUCAGCAAAGUGGAUAGUCUCCUCUCUGGGACAUUAUCUACAGAGACUCUGCCUUCAGAACCUGAAGAUAAUGUGCUAGUGGAAGAAGAAAGCAAUGGAUUGACUGAUGAGAAGCAGACUUCCCUACAGGAAACAGAAGAGGAAUCUACUACUGAAGCAGCUAUGGAGAUCAACCAAACAGAAGAGCAAGAAACAAUGGACAUUAAUGCUGAAAAUGUAGAAUUUAAAGAGAACAAAGAAAAAGAAAAUAAAGAAAAUGUUCAGGAAAAGCAAAGAAAACAAUGGGAGAGAAGGAAAAAGCUAAUAGAAACUGCUGCUUUGUUGAGAGAGAAGAACGCUGAUGGCUUAAUUGUAGCCAGCAAGUUUCAUCCCACUCCUUUAUUACUUUCUUUAUUGGAAUUUGUUGCUCCUUCAAGGCCUUUUGUUGUCUACUGCCAGUAUAAAGAGCCAUUAUUAGAAUGUUACACAAAGCUGAGGGAAAGAAAAAAAAUAAAGCUGUCUGAAACCUGGCUACGAAACUACCAGGUCUUACCAGAUCGAAGCCAUCCAAAACUGACAAUGAGCGGAGGUGGAGGGUACCUUCUAUCUGGUAUAACUGUUGUCUUGGAUAAGGGCAAAUCUGAUUGCAGUAAUUCAGAAGCACUGAGGAUGGAAGAGCCAUCAUCUAAAAGAUGCAGAGUUCAAGACCUUCACUGUUAACAUUUGAAGA